CCCCCUUUCCAUCACCGUCGCCAUUAUUAAAACGGCUGUGUGCUCGGGCUUAUCUCCUCGCUCAUCGUUCCCAAAGCUCUUCGAGAACGAGUACUGCAACGGCGAUUUCAGCUCUCCGUGUGGCGUUCUUCGCUUUCGUGUCGUGUCAUCCGAAUCUUGGAAGAAGGGUGUUGCUACAAAGUAGCAGACAUGGUCGCUCUGGUGUCCCAAGAAAGCAUGGUCACCCCCACCCUGGUGUCUCGCACCGGUCGGCACUUGCAGCGGUACAGCAAGCAAGGCUCUCGCCAAGUCGUCGGGUGCAUUCCGUACAGAUACAAAAGCAGAGAAGACGAUUCUUUGGCGGGCGAGGAAGAAGACGAAGUGGAGGUGCUUGUCAUAAGUUCCCAGAAAGGGAAAGGUCUCUUGUUCCCCAAGGGGGGUUGGGAGAAGGAUGAAUCCAUGAAAGCCGCAGCUUUGCGGGAGACCGUGGAGGAAGCCGGCGUCCGUGGUACUAUUGAGAGCAAAUUAGGCAAAUGGAGUUUCAAAAGCAAGAGCCAGGACGCGGUUUACGAAGGACACAUGUUCCCGUUGCUGGUGAACGAGCAGCUGGACGUCUGGCCAGAGAAGAACGUCCGUCAAAGAUACUGGAUGAAUGUGAGAGAAGCUGGAGAGGUAUGUCAGCACUGGUGGAUGAAGGAUGCCCUGGACCUUCUAGUGAACCGUCUCACGUCUAAGGAUGGAGAUCGCCCCGCAUCUAAGGAAGGAGAUUGUCCCUCGCUACGACAUUGCUCGAUCAGGCCCACGUAUAUAGGAUCGAAGUGAUCACUGAGGGGAGGAAAUGUGAAGUUGUGUCGUUUAGAUACUAAGGCAGGCCGUAGGAGCUGUUAGAGAUUCGGGAGCGAGUCCAUCCAUGUGUUCAAGGCAAAUUGUAUAGCAUUGUUUCUCAUGGUGAAAGGAUCCGAGAAAUCGCUUCGCCCAGUUUUAAUUUCAGGUGGUUGUAUACCGUCGCCUGUCUUCUUCAGAGUAGAGAAUUUACUCCGUCUCCUCUGUUUACUAUAGAGUUUGUAAAGUCCCAUCGAAAUCAAAUUGGCCGAUGAAAAGUCUGCGCUGCAGCGUGUCGCGUGGCACAAUUUCGCCGUUGA